GAAAGGCUGAAACAAAGAAAGGAAAGAGAAAGAGAAAACGGCUGAGGCUGAUCUGUAAAUUUUGUUAUUGUUUUUUAUCGUUUUUAUAAUUUUCAAACGAAAGUCUGCAAUAAAAUUUUCUGUAAUGAAAAUCCAGCUCCAGCACUGGCUCACGACUAACUACCCUCACUCCCUCUCUCUAAAACCUCUCUUCCAAUCGAAGAAGCAUCCCCUCUCAGAUCUGUGAAGCUCUAUGUCUAUGGUGUAAUGCACUCCUGUACUCUCCACGCGCUUUCUCAUUCAACACUGAGCUCUUUUUUUUUUUGGCAGUAAGAUUUUAGUAGAUUGAUUGGUUAGUCGAUGGCUAAAUCAAGACGCCACUUAUCAAACCACGAUUCAUCACAGUCACCAAAUGCUGUAAGAUCAAGAGAGGGCCCAUCUAGAUGGACGGACUACCUUGGGGCAGAAAUGGCAUCUCCACUAUCUUCUGGCAGUUCGAGGAGCUUCUUCAGUGAUGGGCAGGCUCAGAGCACUGGGGGAUCCCAAUCCCAUAGGGGUUUGAACAUGCAGUGGGUGGUCCAACUCACAGAAGUUGCUGAAGGACUUAUGGCUAAAACGUAUAGGUUAAAUCAGAUUUUGGAUUAUCCAGAUCCCAUCAAUCAUGUAUUUUCAGAAGGAUUUUGGAAAGCAGGAGUAUUCCCCAACCAUCCUAGAAUAUGUGUGUUGCUUUCUAAGAAAUUUCCAGAACACUUCAGCAAAUUGCAGCUUGAACGUAUAGAUAAGCAAACUUGGGAUUCAAUGCAAGAUCAUGCAGAACUUCAUCUACAAAGCAUGGAACAAUGGGUGCAGCUGCUUCUGGACUUAAUGGUGUUUCGUGAACAAGCUCUCCGGCUUAUAUUGGAUCUAAGUAGUACAGUAAUCACCUUGUUGCCCCAUCAGAACUCUCUUAUAUUACAUGCGUUUAUGGAUCUCUUCUGUUCCUUUGUGCGGGUUAACCUUUUCUCUGAGAAGAUACCAAGGAAGAUGUUGCUUCAGGUCUAUAACCUUCUGUAUGCAAUGUCAAGAAAUGAGCGGGAUUGUGAUUUUUAUCAUGGCUUGGUUCAAUUUAUUGACUCUUAUGAUCCACCAUUGAAAGGCUUACAGGAGGACCUAAAUUUUGUGAGCCCUCGUAUUGGAGAGGUAUUAGAGGCUGUGGGUCCUAUUAUUUUUCUAUCAACAGAUACAAGGAAACUUAGGAAUGAGGGGUUUUUAAGUCCAUAUCAUCCUCGGUAUCCAGACAUACUCACAAAUUCUGCUCACCCAAUGAGAGCUCAAGAUCUGGCCAAUGUAACUGCUUAUCAAGAAUGGGUUUUAUUUGGUUAUCUUGUCUGCCCUGAUGAGCUGCUUCGUGUCACUAGCAUUGAUAUUGCCUUGGUUGUAUUGAAGGAAAAUUUAGUUCUCACUCUAUUCAGGGAUGAGUACAUACUUCUGCAUGAGGAUUACCAGUUGUAUGUUCUACCUCGAAUAUUAGAAUCUAAGAAGAUGGCAAAAUCUGGACGCACAAAACAAAAGGAGGCAGAUCUGGACUACAAUGUUGCAAAGCAGGUGGAGAAAAUGAUCAGUGAAGUGCAUGAUCAAGCGAUAUUAUCUUGUGAUGCCAUACAUCGCGAAAGGAGAAUACUACUGAAACAAGAGAUUGGGAGAAUGGUAUUAUUUUUCACUGACCAACCCAGUCUACUGGCGCCUAACAUUCAGAUGGUGUUUUCUGCCUUGGCUUUAGCUCAAUGUGAAGUGAUUUGGUAUUUCCAACAUGUUGGAAUUGCAUCAUCAAAAUCUAAAACUUCUCGGGUGGUUCCAGUGGACAUAGACCCGAAUGAUCCAACCAUUGGAUUUUUGUUAGAUGGAAUGGACCAUCUAUGUUGUUUAGUGCGGAAAUACAUUGCAGCAAUUCGAGGUUACUCAUUGUCAUAUCUUUCAUCUUGUGCUGGGAGAAUCCGGUUUUUGCUGGGAACUCCGGGAAUGGUAGCCCUUGAUAUAGACGCUAACUUAAAGGGACUCUUGCAGCAAAUUGUCCUCCACCUUGAAAAUAUACCAAAACCCCAGGGUGAAAAUAUAUCUGCUAUUACUUGUGAUCUAUCGGAAUUUCGAAAGGAUUGGCUAUCCAUUUUAAUGGUAGUCACUUCUUCACGGUCAUCUAUAAACAUCAGACAUUUGGAGAAAGCCACAGUUUCUACAGGGAAAGAAGGCCUGUUGUCGGAGGGAAAUGCUGCAUACAAUUGGUCCAGAUGUGUAGAUGAACUGGAAUCUCUUCUCUCAAAGCAUGGUAGUCUUAGGAAGCUGUAUUUCUAUCACCAACAUCUCACAGCUGUAUUUCGGAACACCAUGUUUGGUCCAGAAGGACGACCUCAACAUUGCUGUGCAUGGCUUGGGAUCGCUAGCAGUUUCCCAGAGUGUGCUUCUCUGAUUGUUCCCGAAGAGGUAACAAAAAUUGGUAGGGAUGCUGUUCUUUAUGUUGAGUCCUUGAUUGAAUCCAUCAUGGGAGGGUUGGAAGGAUUAAUAAACAUUCUGGACUCCGAGGGAGGAUUUGGUGCACUGGAGAAUCAGCUUCUUCCAGAGCAAGCAGCUUCUUAUCUGAAUUAUGCGUCUAGAGUUUCUAUUCCUUCAUAUAAAUCUCCAAAAGGAGCAGCUGGUUUUCCUUUACCUGGCCAUGAGAGCUUUCCAGAAAACAACAGUUCUAUCAAAAUGUUAGAAGCUGCAAUGCAGAGGCUAACUAACUUAUGCUCUGUUUUAAAUGACAUGGAGCCUAUUUGUGUAUUGAACCACGUCUUUGUUCUAAGAGAGUACAUGAGAGAAUGCAUCCUUGGAAACUUCAGGAGAAGAUUGCUUGGAGUAUUGAAAACUGAUAAUGACCUUCAACGGCCUUCUGUUCUGGGGUCCCUGAUUCGAAGACAUGUUAGCAUCGUGCAUCUUGCAGAGCAGCACAUCAGCAUGGAUCUUAGCCUGGGUAUUCGAGAAGUUUUGCUUUCAGAAGCCUUUUCUGGACCUGUUUCUUCUCUGCACUUGUUUGAUAAGCCAGCAGAGCAACAUACUGGAUCAGCUACAGAGUCUGUAUGCAAUUGGUAUAUAGAAAACAUAAUCAAAGACGUAUCAGGUGCUGGGAUAUUGUUUGUGCCGAUUCAUAAAUGCUUUAAGAGUACAAGGCCUGUUGGUGGAUAUUUUGCAGACUCAGUUACUGAUCUCAGGGAAUUGCAGUCUUUUGUACGUAUAUUUGGUGGUUAUGGAGUUGACAGGCUGGACAGAAUGCUGAAAGAACACACUGCUGCACUUUUAAAUUGCAUUGACACAUCAUUAAGAUCAAAUCGUGAUGUAUUAGAAACAGUUGCUGCCAGCCUCCUUUCUGGGGAUAGAUUUGAAAGAGAAACUUCUAUAAAACAGAUAGUUGAUCUGGAAACUGUAGUUAGUUUUUGUAUUCAGGCGGGCCUAGCUCUGGCAUUUGAUCGGUUGCUAGCUGAGGCUGCUGGUGCCAUACUUGAAGAAGGUGCACCUCUGAUACAUUCACUGCUAGCUGGGAUGGUUAAGCGUCUACCUGAUGAAAUACCUGAAAAGGAAGAGAUCCGGAGAAUGAGAAGAGUGGCAAAUACUCAAGGUGUGUUAAGUGAUCAUGAUUCACAGUGGGUAAGAUCAAUUUUAGAAGAAGUUGGUGGUGCAAAUGAUGGUUCCUGGAGCUUGUUACCGUACUUAUUUUCCACAUUCAUGACAUCUAAUAUUUGGUCCACUACUGCAUUCAAUGUGGACACGGGGGGUUUUAGUAACAAUGUCCAUUGCUUGGCAAGGUGCAUUUCUGCAGUGUUUGCAGGAAGUGAAUUUGUUAGAUUGGAACGCGAAUAUCAGCAGAGACAGUCUUUAUCAAAUGGGCAUGCUACCGAGGCAAUGGAUCCUGAGUAUCCCAGUCACAUGUCAGCUGAAGCAAACAUCAAGUCCACAAUGCAGUUAUUUGUGAAACUCUCUGCAGAGAUUAUUCUAGAUUCUUGGAGCGAAACAAAUAGAUCUCAUCUUGUAGCACAGCUUAUAUUCCUUGACCAACUUUGUGAACUCUCGCCGUACCUUCCACGAAGUUCACUUGAAUCCCAUGUUCCCUAUGCCAUUCUCCGAUCUUUAUACAGCCAGUACUAUGCAGACACUCCAUCUACUCCUUUAGCAAUAUUGAGCUCUUCACCACGACAUUCACCUGCAAUAUUGCUAGCACAUGCAUCUCCUGUACUACGGCAUCCUCGUGGGGACUCCACACCGCUGUAUGGUGGCAAUGAUUCAGGUUAUUUCAAAGGAUCCUCAUCACAUAGCCAUGAACACCACCUUUAUGAAGCUGAUAGUGGCAGCUUAAAGAGCAUGGAUAACAAGCACAGGAAUGUUCGUCGUUCAGGGCCUCUGGAUUACAGUUCAAGCCGAAAUCGAGCGAAAUUUGUGGAAGGCUCAACUUCUGGGAGUACAGGACCAAGUCCCCUACCAAGGUUUGCAGUAUCUAGAUCUGGUCCUCUAGCAUACAAGUAGGGAAGAUGAGGAAAAUACUCAAGAGGAAAAGGGCUAGUAAAUUAUGAGACUAGCUGCUAGUGAUAAGGUAUUCAUCACCAUAACUUAGCAUCUUGCAGCUUCCCCUCAAAUUUUGGCAAAAUGUAAAUUGCACUUCGCUUGAGAUUCCUCCUGCCUGAUUAGUUGUAUUCAAGUUGAAGUAUAUAUCAUCAAUAUUGCUAUGUGACAGUGGUCCUAUCGAAGAAUAGGGUUUUAGGAUCUCUACGUAUAGCGGCAUCGACAGAGACCAAUGGGUCAAAGGUCCAAUUAUAAAUGUUACAGUGAAAAUUAUAUACACUAUCCAUAAUUAUUUAGUGCAGUGAUAUGUAGCUAUCUAAUCAGAUAAAUGCUUUGAAAUGAAUGUAAAAUUGUCGUUAGUCCAUCCAAGCUAGAUAAAAACUAGGCUGUUUUGUAGUU